AUGUCUAUCAGUGAAUUGAGACAAGUUGGCUUUGUUGGUCGAAUCCUCGACGCUUCAUCUCCAGACUACGAUGCAUCUCUGAUCCGAGCCAACACUGCCGCCCAACGCAGGGCCAAGUUCAUCGUCUUCCCUACUUCCACAGGAGAUGUGCAGGCUGCUAUCAAGUUUGCCAGAAAAUCAAAUCUGGAAAUUGCGAUCAAAUGUGGUGGUCACCAUUUCUCUCCUGCGAGUAGUAUCGAGGGUGGCAUUGUCAUCGACAUGAAGGCUCUCAAUAGCGUUGAGGUUGAUAAACAGAACAUGAGGGUAACAAUCGGCGGUGGCUGCCUUUGGGGCGAUGUCUAUACCGCGUUGAGGGAACAUGAUCUCGAAUGCGUGGGAGGAGGCGUGCAUGUUGUCGGUGUCGGAGGCCAUCUGACAGGAGGUGGCUAUGGACCCUUGUCGCAAAAGUUUGGCAUGGCAUGCGACAACAUCAUAUCAGCAAUUGUUGUCCUGGCGGAUGGACGCGUUGUGAAGGCUAGUGAGUCUAAAAACCCGGAUCUAUUCUGGGCCAUUAGAGGGGGCUCAUCAUCGUUUGGUGUGGUGGUGCAAUUCGUCUUGCGGACCUUCCCUCCCCAGGGACCCUAUUUCUUCCGCUCCUUGAGUUAUCACGGCGAGGCGCUGCCAAUGGUUCUCCCCAAGCUCAAGGAAUUUCUCAAGCAAGAUUUUGGAGAAAAGACAAUCAUGGCGUUUCUCAACUACGUCCGUGGGCCUGCACCCGAGCACAAGCCUCUCUUUGUGGUAACCUUCUUUGGCUUCGGGGCUGUCGGGGAUUUCAAAGCCGUAUUUGACGACUUCUUCGGGGCCGCGAAACCAUUUCAUGAUCACUCGGUUGAUUGCCCAACCCUGGUAGAGUUCAGUCAUGUACAAGACGAGAUUCUCUUGCAGGGCUCCCCCAGGAAGGCGGUGGGUGGCACUCCCUUCACUGGUCUUUGGCCUGGAAUGGCAGAGGAAGUUUGGAAGCGAUACGUCGAAUACACAGAUGCGAAUCCCGACGCCGUCGACACCAAGUACUUCUUUGAGUUUCACAACAGCAAGAGGUUCAGGCCUGAGACUACGUGCAUCCCCAUUCAUGAGCCCAAGCACUUCGUAUGCUUGGCCAGUGAAGAGCACAACGACAUUGCCGGUGACGAACGUGCACAAUCAUGGGUUCAUGAUAUGAUUGAAGUCGCUCGGUCAUAUCAGAGAAAGUAUGCCAAGGAUUUGGGAGUCAACGGCAACGCCUGCUCCUCGAAAGAGAAAAGUGAAGAUGUCUGGGGCCAGAAUUAUCUUCGGUUGCAGAGAAUCAAGGCCAAAUACGACCCAGAUCGUGUCUUUAACCGAUACUUUCCUAUCGAGCCCGCUGGAGCUAAGGCGAUGUUGUGA